GAGGGAGGGCUUAAAGGGGAAGAGACCAGUUAGCAGACUUGGGAAAGAGCACAGUCUUUCAGCUGCUGCAUAUAAAGGCUGGUUUACCUCCACUGACUCACUACUUUUUCCUUCUUCAUUUUUGCUGGUCUAGCUUUUUGUCCCAAAACCCAAAGGUCAUCAUGUCUGAUGUGCAGAAAGCCAUGGCAUUGCUCAUCAGUGCCUUUCAUAAAUACUCUGGAAAGGAGGGAGACAAACUUACUCUUUCCAAAGGAGAGCUAAAAGAUCUGCUUACGGCGGAGUUAGGAGACAUCCUUGGGAAAUCCCAAGACAAGACAGCAGUGGACAAGAUUUUUAAAGAUUUGGAUGCAAACGCCGAUGGUGUGGUGGACUUUCAAGAGUAUGUCACCCUGAUUGCCUGCAUUACUAUGAUCUGCAACGAUUUCUUCACCAAAAAAUAAUAGUAAUUGGGGACUCCCCCUUUCCAGCAACAACAGCGCAUACAAAUUAUAUUUUUUUUCCAACAUCUAGAAAGACAUCUUGCAUAAUUAAAUGAAUGAGGCAAAUAAAAGUUUGAAAUAAAUUAUUUUAAUAUGUUAAAAAAAAAAAAUAGGCUGUGUUGGUUAAAUGUCUGCAUAUGUAUAUGCAUGAUCUGAUGUAAACAAAAUGUCAUAAUGCAAAAUUUAAUGAAAAUGUAUUUUCAUGUAAUUGACCAGAGAAGGUGAACUUUUCCAUUAAAGGACUUUUACAAAUAUAA